CCUCCCACGGAGUCGUUGGAGCUGCUCGGUCGUCUGCGAUCCAACAUGGAGUAGUGAGAGAUGGGGCUCUAGCGGGGCCACCCCCCUUCAGCAACAGCAGCGACCACGGACGCGCUUUUCUUCUUUUCUACGCACAACUCGGCGCGGAGAAAACACGCGCCUUUGGACUUAAAAAAAAAAUAAAUAUAUAUAAAUACAAGUGGGGCGCGUGCGUGCGUGCACGAGGAGAGUGGAAAUCGCCAGCCUAAAACUGUCAGUAUAAGCUAUCUGCUGAUGGGGGAGUUGAAGUCAUCAUAGGACGGAGGCGAUCCACGCGUGGAGGAGCCGAGCAGCGAGGAGGCGGAGAGCGCCGACGCGCACAAAGGCACAGGCGGCGGCGGCGGCUGGAGCGGCGGCGUAGGGAGAUUUAUGCGGAAUCGGAGACGGAGCCGCGGAGAAAGAAUGACGAGUAAAAAGUAUGCCGCCGCCGCGCUCCGGUACCUGAGGUGAAAAGGAAAAAUGAUAGAAGAAACGCACCCAAACGAUGACAGCUACAUCGUGCGUGUGAAAGCGGUGGUGAUGACGCGGGACGACUCGAGCGGCGGCUGGCUGGCUCAGGAUGGAGGGGCCCUGACCAGGGUGGGGGUGUGCCGCCUCCUGCCGUCAGAGCUGGCACCCGUUUCGGCUUCCAAUGGCUCCCAGUUUCUAAUCCGUGGUGAGCGGCUACGGGACAAACAGGUAAUCCUGGACUGUCCACUGCGGAAGGACCUGGUUUACACCAUAGCCAUGCCCACAUUUCAUCACUGGAAGGUGGAGGACAGAAGGUGUGGCCUAUCCUUCCAGAGUCCAGCAGACGCCAGAGCUUUUGACAGGGGCGUACGGAAAGCCAUUGAGGACUUGGCUGAAGGCUCAACCACCUCGUCCACAGCGCUCCAGAACGAGGGCGAGCUGGGGGACGAUGACGUCUUUACUAACACCACAGACAGCUCGUCCAACUCCUCCCAGAGACUGGACAGCUCUCUACAGCCACUCGAGUCCUCGCCCCUUCCGCAGAGACACAAGUGUGUGCCGAGACAUCGCCAUGACCCGCAUGACCCCCAUCCACUCAUAGACCACUUCUACUUGGACCAGCAUUUGUCCCGUAUUCCCCGCCGCGUGAAGUUUGAAGAUGAGGAAAUUGUCCGCAUCAACCCCCGGGAACGCAGCUGGGAGCAAAGCACAGAGCGUCACUUUGGGCGCCAGUCAGACCGCCCCUGGCUGACUGGCUAUGAGGACUACCGCCACGCCACCAUGCGGGACAAAUACAUCCACACAGACGAAUCCGAGUCUUACGUCCAGUUUGACGAUAUAGACGCAAAGAAGCACGACUACACCUACCCGCUGGCUCCAGCUCUGUCGCCUUCAGACUCUGAUGCCCCCUUUGGACCCUUUGCCAAUAAGGGCCACAGUGGCUCCUGCCGCUCAGACUUCUCUGCGGUUUCCACACAGCCUAGCUCUAUCCUGUUGAGCUCCUCUGCUUCUUUCAGUGCCGCGAAAGGACGUAAAGGUGGAGGCACGGAGCGUGCUCAGUGCGAGCACUGCGGGGAAUCCUUUUUUAUCUCUAACAACCGAAGAGGCCGGUGCCAGGACGCCCCAGAUCCCGUGCGUGCGUGCAUCCAGCGGAUCAGCUGCAUGUGGCUGGCAGACACCAUGCUCUACCACUGCAUGUCGGACCCCGAGGGAGACUACUCGGACCCCUGUUCCUGUGAUGGCGGGGAGAGCGGCGGAGGGGGUCGCGUCGGCACGCGCUGGUUAGCUCUGCUCGGCCUGUCGCUCGUGGCGCCCUGCCUCUGCCUCUACCCGCCUUUGCAUGCCUGCCACCACGUGGGGCUGGUGUGCGGCUGCUGCGGAGGGCGACACAAAGCCAUGAGCUGAGUCCGCCGCAAAGACUUCAAACCAGGCACAGGGAAAGGGAAGGAUGGGGGGGACCCACACAGGCAGGAGAAGGGGGAACUAACGGCCGCUUGAUCUUUUGCCUUAGUUCUCUGGGUUUUCUACAAAUUCCAGACACUGAAAUAAGCCAAAAAGAAAAAAAGAAAACAUUUGGUGCAUUUUAUGAACCGCCUGGGAAGAUAAGCUCCCCCUCACGGCAGACAGUUCUCUCCACGUGGCCAUUUCAUACUCUGUUUCUAAUGAGAGCAGUCUUUUUUCAGGGGGCCUUUUUUAUAGCUAACCUAUAUGUAUCACAUAUGCAGGUACUUUAUACUGAUAUAUUUGUACACUGACUCAAAGAACUUGAAUUGUUUCUUUGUCGUAUUUCUUCUAUUCUUUAUGUUUUUGUUUCUAUUUUAUCCAGUAUCGGCCCCGUUCGGUUCAGCUACAGCUACAAAAGAAAUCCGACACUACACCUCUUUGUAUGUGUGUGUGUGUGUGCGCGUGGAUGCUCGCAGUUUAGGUGUGCUGCAGCUUCUAGUAAAGCCUGUGUAUUUAGCUCUUCCUCUACGACAUCUUUGUAACUGAAAGAAGAGUGGUACUCGUCUUCUAAUAUUCCAAAGAUUCGUGUUUUUUAUCCUAUUUAUUGAUCUCGAUCGCUCCCUCAAGCACCGUAAAUCAUCCCUAUGACUCCAAACAGUGCCUAGAGAUAUACCUUAACCCUGAACCCAAUAAGUCUCGUUUGACUUGACGAACACUUAAUUUCAAAGCUCUUGAUUUUUUUAUUUUUUGAUCCUUGCAAAACUUCCGCCAACUAGUUUGCUGUGUCAUGUCAAAAACAACAACAACAACAACAACAACAAAAAUCAAUCAGCUACCAUAAAAGUUGGUGCCACAUGCCUUAAAAUGUGAACUGGCUCCCAGCUUCACCAGUCUUUCUAAAGAUGUCUGCUACAAUGAAAAGUAGGAGCACAGUUACAGCUCCAAGCAAUCAAGCAUCACCCCAAUGUUUCUUGGUUUUAUAAUAAAAAACUUUGAAAAAGA